AAUUGAAACUUGAAUUUGUGUCAAUUAAAAUUUGUUUGUGUGUGACAGCAAUAAUCGUAUAGUUAGAAUAUUAACAAUUUAUUCGGUUCUGGCAAUUAAUAAGUGUACAAAAUAUAAUUUUGAUGGAAAUUCUUCGUAACUUAAAAAAUUAAAACUAACAAAUACAACUUACGGAGUACCCAUCACGUCCGUGUUAAAAAUUUACAAAAACAUUUUUAUAAAUAAAAUAAUAAUUACAAUAUCACAGUGUAAUAAAAAUUAUAUGGAAGUAGUAUCACAAUACAAUAAAAAUGGAAAACUUGAAUAAAUCAAUUGUUCCACGAUUAGUAACACGGUGCAUUGAUGUUUUGGUUUUCAAUAUAGAACUACACAAAGACCAAUUGAAAUACUUGCCUGUAUAUAUCAAAAACAAUAUAUUAAAGCGAAUUGAUCACUAUUCAAAUUUAAAAUCGUUUUUUCAAAAUGGUUACCUAAGAUCUAUUAUACACGGUCAAACUAAGUUUAUUGAUUUACGAUCUAUAGCUGUUUGUAAUGAUAUUUUGGAAAUAAUAUCAACUUGUAAAGAACUUAACACUUUAUUCUUGAGUCAAAUUAACUCAGAUAAACAAAAUCUUGAAAAUUGUUUUAAAAAAUUGUCAUAUUUAAAAAAUUUGGAGAUACGGAAUUGUGAUUUAGUUACUGAUGAUUUAAUACAAGUUAUCGCAAAAGAUUGUCCUAAUUUAGUACAACUGAACAUUGGUGGAUGUAAAAAUGUUUCAGACCUAGGUCUGUUAGAAUUGUGUGAGAGUUGUAAAUAUUUAAGAGCCCUUGAUAUUUCUUAUUCAAAGGUCACAACAAAGGGAAUUAAAAUUUUUGUCUAUAAAUUAGGAUUUCAAUUAACAGACUUAAGACUUAAUAAUUGUGAUGGUGUUACAGAUGAAGCAAUUGUUGCAAUUUUUGAUUUAUGUCCAAACCUAGAAAUGUUGUUAUACAACAAUUGUGGUAAUGUAAAAGAUGAUAUGAUCUCCAUAGACAAAAACAAUUCCAAUCUAAAACAAAUUUCAUGGACGAUUGCAUGGUAAAUAACAUAAGAAUAAUUGUUAAUGAACAGGAAUGUACUAUUUUUAUUAAUAAUAUGUAAUUGUAAUUUAAUGUUGCUAAAAAUAUAAAUAACAUACAAAUGUUUUACACAUUUUUUAUCAGAGAAUAUAACUUUUUAUUUAUUAUGAUGAGAGCAACAAUUUUCCAGCU